AUGGCGGACCAGUCGAAGGCCAUGCUGGCUGUGUGCAGCUAUGUCUCCAAGGUCGCCAGCGAGGUUCGAGACCGCUUAGAAGCGGGAAAGGUACCAAAUCCAGACCAGCUGUCCAAGUAUGUGCAGCAGGUGGUUGAUCAGCUCCAAAAGUUGGUCAAGGGGGCGCCGAGGAAUAUCCAGGAUAAGAUGGCCGGCCCCUUCCAUGGAUUCUACGAUUUCUGGGGCAACAAGACCAACAAGCCCCUGAGUGCACAGAGCUUUCUCGGCAUCCUCGAGGAUUUGGAGGACGUCUUCCCUGUGCCAGCCAAUGGCGAUGGAGACGCAGGCGAGGUGGAAGCCUCAUCGGUGUAUCUCCCGACGCAGAUUCGACAGGUCAAGAAAGGGAGCCCAAAAAGAGAGGCCGCUGUAGCUCCGUUAGCCGAGCCAUCAGGCCUCCGUGACUGGGUUCCUCUGACUUUCGUUCUCCUUGAGCACUCGAAGACUUCAGUCAGCUACCAGACUUUCAUGGUAGCGGAGCCCUUGUGGCUCCAAAACCGAUCCGGGGACCUAUACUGCUGA